AUGCCAUUCUCAAGUGGUGACAAUGCCUUCUUCCCGCCAAGCCAGACUGCGUUCGACUUCAAUAUCGAAUUUGAGCAGCUCUUCUUCUCAAUUCUUCCGUCGGUCUUGUUCAUUUGCUCCUCGAUAUGGCGGGCUCUUCUCCAGACGCGCAAGCCAACAGUCGUUGACGCGCCCAUGCUGCAGAUCAUAAAAGUGGGAUGCAUCACCAUGUAUGCGGGACUAGAGUUGGCGCUACUCGUCUUCGCAGCCGUCGGUUCGCUGCACGUAACCUCACUCUUCUUGGCCGCCUCGGCUCUCAAGCUGAUCUCGGCACUAUCCAUGGUCAUUGUGAGUAUGCUGGACCACAGCAAGAGUGUGCGACCUUCCAUCCUACUCAGCGGCUACCUGUUCCUCACAUUGUUGCUGGACAUUGUUCAAAGCCGAACGCUCUUUCUCGCCUCGGAGGAUGAAAAGCCCGAGCUCACUUAUAGUGCUCUCUUCUGCGCUGCCUUGGCGAUCAAGGUCGCCAUCCUCUUGCUCGAAGGGCAGAAGAAGUCUUGCAGGCCAUCCUGGCAUGAAAAGUCACAUAGUCCCGAGGAAACAAGCAAUCUGUUCUCCCUGGGGGUCUUUUUCUGGCUCAACAAAUUAUUCCUGCAGGGCUACCAUAAAGUCUUGCGGCUCUCGGACCUAUAUGCUCUGGACUCCGCUCUUGAUGCAAGGAGGCUCCACGAUACAUUCACGCCGAAGAGGGACUACACCGCGAUGCGAGGUGACCCUUCUAGCCUCCUCAAGUCGCUCAUUCGCACCUUGUGGUUGCCACUGGUAAUUCCUAUCGCGCCCCGCGUGGCCCUGCUGGCAUUCACAUUCUGCCAACCACUCUUCAUUGAGAAACUCCUGGAGCACCUUGCGCAGCCAGAGGUGGACGCCAAUGUGGGGUACGGUCUCAUCGGCGCCAGUAUUCUCAUCUAUGCGGGCAUAGCCAUUUCGACUGCACUCUACAACUAUCUACACCGCCGCAUGCUUGCGAUGCUGCGGUCGAUCCUUGUCACAGAGAUAUAUGCCCAAGCCACACAGGCUCGUCCUAGCGAGGAGGGCACCGACGAUGGCGAUAACUCUGCACUGACGCUCAUGAGCACGGACUUGGAGCGAAUUGACCUCGGCCUGCGCUUGCUGCAUGAUGUCUGGGCUAGCCUGCUCCAGUCCGGGCUGGCUGCUUGGAUGCUGUAUCGCCAACUGGGCCUGGUCUUCAUCACUCCGAUCGGCAUCGUGACCGCUUGUUUUCUGGGUCUUGCCGUGCUCAUGAACAUGACGGGCGACUCGCAAAGAGAGUGGAUGGCACAGGUCCAGCGACGCGUGGGCUUGACGGCCACGGUCAUUGCCAACAUGAAAAACCUCAAGCUCUCCGGUCUGAGCCAAUUGGUCGGCGACUUUGUGCAGAACAUGCGUGUCGACGAACUGGCCGCCGGUGCUCGUUUUCGCAAGAUUUACAUAUUGGCUGCCAUCCUCGGCUUCAUCCCUAUGCUCUUCAGUCCGCCUCUGACCUACGCUUUUGCUCAGACCAGACUCGACCCCACGACCAUGUUCACGAGCCUGUCGUAUCUCCUGUUGCUCACAGGUCCGCUCUCUGAGGUCUUUCAAAUCAUACCAUCACUGCUUGCAGCGAUCGCCUGCAUUGGGAGGAUUCAGACAUUCCUGAUGCGGCAGACUGUCCAAGAUUAUCGCAUAAUCGAGAACGACAAGGUGCACGAGAAAGUCGCGGAGAAGGCUCAAUUUCGACUGGAAGCCGACGCCUCAGUCCAGCAGCACACCAUGAAUGGGCAUGAAGCUGUUGUAGCCAUCGAGAAUGCGAGCUUUGGUUGGCAAAAGGACGUUACAGUCCUCAACGACCUGACCCUUCAACUUCAUCGCUCGACUUUCACGGUCGUCAUCGGCUCGGUCGGCUCGGGCAAGUCCAGCCUCUGCAGAGCCCUGCUUGGCGAGAUGCCAUACAACCCUUCCGGAUCGAUCACGUUGAGCACCAGAUUCCCCCAUGUUGCGUACUGUGACCAGACACCAUUUUUGUGCAACGGCUCGCUGCGGGACAAUAUUGUCGGGUUUUCCGCGUUCGAUCCCAAGCGCUUCGCCCAGGUCAUCCAGGCAACAGCGCUGGACUUCGACCUGAAGAGACUUCCCAAUGGCGAUCUCACCAAUAUUGGAUCGAGCGGCAUUACGCUCUCCGGCGGUCAAAAGCAACGUGUGUCACUCGCUCGCGCAUUAUAUCUGCAGACUGAUCUUAUUGUGCUGGAUGACGUCCUUACGGGACUUGACGCAGACACAGAGGAGAAAGUGUUUGACCGCGUCUUUGGACCGAGGGGGUUGUUGAAGCAGCGGCAGUCCACGGCCCUGCUCUGUACGCACAGCAUUCGCCACCUCCCUGCGGCCGAUCACAUUGUAGUAUUGGACAAGGGCAGUAUUGCCGAGCAGGGGACUUUCGAGACGUUGUUGGCACAUCACGGAUAUGUGCACAGCCUCGGCUUGACAAAACAAACGCCGGAGAAUCUCAGUCGUCCUUCGUCCUCUGAACUCGUAGCUUCGGAAGCGCCAGAGGAAGGACUCGACCUGACGGUAUGGAGUGACAAGCCAGAGCUCAGUAUUGUGGAUUCAGAAACCAGCGGUGAUGCCGCACGCCAGAUCGGAGACAAGAAAGUCUACGUCCACUAUUUCAAGAGCAUGGGCGUAUUUGUUGCCAUGGCUAGCUUCUGCUUUGCUGCGGGCUGGGGUUUCUUCACCAGCUUUCCAACCAUCUGGCUGAAAUACUGGUCCGAUGAUGUCUACUCGGAGGCUCCCACGCACACUUAUGCCUACUAUGCGGGCAUCUAUGCGCUGCUGCAAGCAUGCGCAAUGAUUUCCCUUCUCCUCCUGGGUAUCACCAUCUUCAUCGUCUCAACGAAACGGGCUGGUGCCAAUCUCCACAAGAGCACUCUCGACACACUUAUCAGGGCUCCAUUGGCAUUCUUCACCAUGACUGAUACAGGGGUGGUCACCAAUCUGUUCUCGCAAGAUCUCAACCUCAUCGAUACCGACUUACCCAAUAUGCUGCUGAAUGUUUUAUUUGUGGUCACACAAGCAAUUGGCGCAGCCAUCAUCAUGCUUACUGCAUCUCCGUACAUGGCCGCCAGCUACCCCUUCCUGAUAGCGCUCCUCUACGUCGUGCAGAAGUUCUAUCUUCGAACGUCAAGGCAGCUACGUCUGCUAGACCUGGAGACCAAGAGCCCACUGUACACCCACUUCAUUGAUACCAUCAAGGGAAUUACCACACUACGGGCCUUUGGCUUUAUGUCCAAGGAUGUCGAGAAAAAUGCUGGGCUGCUCAACUCGAGCCAGCGUCCAGCAUACUUGCUAGUCAUGGUCCAACAGUGGCUCAACCUGGUGCUCAAUCUGGUCGUCAUGGCGUUGGCUGCUGUUCUGACCACAAUGGCUGUACGCCUGCAUUCCAAUUCUGGCUUCACCGGGGCCGCCCUCGUCUCGCUCAUGACAUUCGGGGACAACCUCUCAGGCAUCGUGAUAUUCUAUACGCGACUAGAGACGUCCAUUGGUGCGGUGGCCAGACUCAAGGCGUUCCAAGAUAAUGUGAAACCUGAAGAUCGUCCCGAGGAGGACCUGCAGCCUUCGAUAGACUGGCCAAAUGCUGGUGCAAUCGAGCUGCAGGAAGUUUCGGCAAGCUAUGAAAACGGGAGCGACUCGGCAGGUAGCCCCAAGCUCGCGCUAAGUGGCUUGUGUCUGUCCAUCGAGGCCGGUGAGAGGGUCGCUGUCUGUGGCCGCACAGGCAGCGGCAAGUCCAGUCUGGUCGCGCUGCUGCUCAAACUUCUUGACCCACUACCGGGCACUUCUGGGGGCUCAUGCUUUAUCGACGGAAGCCCACUUGCCCGACUCGACCGACAGACCCUUCGUCAGCGAAUCAUUGCCGUGCCCCAGGAAGCAGUAUUCCUGCCAGAUGGUACUUCGUUCCAAAUCAAUCUUGAUCCCACCGGUGCUUCGACCUUGGAAGAGUGCGAAGCCGUGCUCGGAGACGUCGGAUUGCUGGAUUUUGUGACGCAGCGGGGAGGGCCUUCUGCUCCCAUGAAUGCGUCGGUGCUGAGUGCUGGGCAGCGCCAGCUGCUGUCCCUCGGUCGUGCUGUACUUCGCCGCCGCAUUCGCAGUCGGCAAGUCGCCGAGAUGGGCCGCACAGGACCCGAAUGCGGCAUCCUGCUGCUUGACGAAGUGAGCUCGAGCGUCGACCAGGACACGGAAAAGACGAUGCUGGACAUUAUCCGGGCCGAGUUUGAGGGAUACACCAUCAUUGCUGUAAGCCAUCGCCUCGACAUGAUCAUGGAUUUUGACAGGGUUGUUGUCAUGGACACGGGGCACAUCGUGGAGGUGGGUCGUCCAACGCUCUUGGCCAGAGAAGAUGGUUCCAGAUUUGCAGAGCUGGUCAAUGCCUCAGCCAAGUAG